AUGGGUAUCGACACGUCGCGUCGCAACGCGAAGCCUCGCGCCCUGACCGAUAGCGAGCGCGCCCGUCUCGAGGAGUUUCUCGAUGCCAUUCACUACUCUUCUCGUUACUCCGACAACGAGUUCGAAUACCGACACGUCCAGUUGCCCAAAGCCAUGCUCAAGGUCAUACCCAAGGAAUACUUCGACUCGUCCAAAGGCACUCUGAAACUGCUAUGGGAGGACGAGUGGCGGUCAAUGGGCAUCACCCAGAGUCUUGGUUGGGAGCACUACGAAGUUCAUGAACCUGAACCGCACAUUCUGCUUUUCAAGCGUCCACUCAACUACCAACCCCCUGCCCAAUGAACAGCAGCAUGCAUCUAGCGGGCUGCGAUUCUGACACCAUUUGUAUAUCUUUCGUGUUUUCCUGCAUUCUACGACUGCAUAGCGACGGCCUCGUCAGGGUCCCAUGCCCUGAUGAACUCACAAUUCACAUCAACAUCAACCCACCAUCUUUGGUCAACGACAUCAGCAGCAAUCGUUUAAGGCAGCCACCAUUGGCGUAAACUCUGACCUUUCUGUCUUGCGAUUAUCGACUCGACCGCGGAUUGGAGUGAUUGGACUGAUAGAGGGCGGAAAUCAAGGUUUUCUGGGAUGGAGAGACAGGAGUCUCUACUGGGCGGUGCACUAUAUUCGGGUCUGCUCUUCUUGAGGUUUCUGGUGUAGGUCUGUCCAACAUCUUUCGACACAAGUACUACUGGAUCUGGACGGCAAUCCUGAUCAAGUCGGCGGACCAAGAAUGGCGAAAAUUGGCGCAAGCGGUUGGCCGACGCUCCGGAAUGUAUUUCAUAUGGAUUACACGGGGUAGGUUCUAUGCCACGGGACCUUGGCUACCUGCCAGGGGUCAAAUUAAAUGGGAAUAUCAGGUAAAUUGCUGGGCUUGCUGGGAAUGGCGUUUUGCGUAGAUGGCAUUCCGUAACUCCAUAUCAACUCUUGACUUUCCCCACCACAUUACUGUGAGCCACAGAGACACUUCAACCGUCAAUUCAUCAGUACAUACUAC